UUGCCUUUUAUCAAAAGGACCGAAAUGACGGUCGUGCUUCCAGUCAAAGAAUGACAUUGGUAUUGGAAUCUCACGGUUUAACAGUGGCUUCGCAGUGAUUCGCUCUUAAUUGCAAACCCGUUAUUGGAUGUGGAAAUAGCAGAGAGAAUACAGGAAAAGCACCAGUUUGCGGUAUUCUUUUAUGGUAUCUUAUGAGAAAGUGACGUUAUAUUAAAUAGAAGAUUCGUUUGUUAAGGAUGUAUUAGAACCAUGUUUGAAACACUGAGCAGAAGCAUUUACCAUGUCGUACUAAGGAUAUUUUUGUUUUCCACAAUUCGAAAAAUUAUUUAUUUAGAGCGCCAUUUUACGUUCUAUGACAUGUGUAUCAAAUAUCUAACACACGCUUGGAUUGCUUGAAUGAUAGCGAUAUAUAUAUAUACUGUAUGCUUUAUAUUAGAUCGAUUGCUUUUAAAGAUAUACAUUUGCUGGGGAGAAGUAUUAAAUCUAAAUAACAGUCUGCUAUUUACAAUCAAUCCAUUGCUUAACUUCCUGAAGUAAAGUUUCGACGCAAUUUAUACAGCGAAGUAAAAUAGUAAGUGUCGGAUGUUAAACAAGAUUUGAGAACUAAAAAUAGAGUACGUUUAAUAUGUGAAGAGAUUAAGAACGGAACGGAAAAUAAGUACUACGGGAAAAUCUGAUGAACAAAAUCAAAAAUGGAUAACUUAACGGAACAAACAGAAAAUGACUAUACUGAAUAUUACGGUGACGAAAUUUCACCUUCGUUCUUCUAUUUUGCUAAAUAUACAACUAUAUAUCUUCAGCCAGUUAUAUUUACUGUAGGGUUAUUAGGGAAUUUUAUGUCAUUUUGUGUGUUUCUUUCAAAGUCUAUGAGAAAGAUAUCUUCUAAUUUAUAUCUUGCAGCCUUGUCCGGGAGCAGUUAUGGUUUCAAUCUGGUUCUUUUCUUCCAAUGGCUGGAGAUGGUUAAUGUUCCUAUCGUACACAUGCAAGGAUUUUGUCAAGCCAUUGUCUACUUUGGCUACGUUUUCAGUUUCAUGUCUGUAUGGUUUAUUGUCUGCAUUACCGUAGAAAACUAUAUAGUCACAUUCCACCUUUCGAAGGCCGUCGUGUACUGCACGGUAUUUCGUGCAAAAAUUGUCAUUGGAUUGCUGGUGCUAUAUUCUGUCUUGCUGUAUAGUGGACAAUUCUGGACAACAGGCGUCGUUGAAGUAACUGAAAACUACACAAUGUGUACGGAAGUGGCAGAAUAUUCCCAAUUAAAUAGGAUUUAUAAUUUCUGGGACACAAUCACCACACUUGUAUUACCUAUUAUAAUCACAACGACACUGAUUGUAGCCAUUCUAACACAGAAUCUCUGCAAUGCGAAAAAGAUCGAUCGGCAAGACAAUUCAAUUUACAGACGACUGUCAAAGAAGCAGAAGAGUCUUGUAAGAAUUACAAGAGUGCUGUUGGCCAUUUCAUUGACAUUUGUCUUAUUGAGUGGGCCCUCCUAUAUCAAUAAGUUGAGACAUUUGAUUCUUACAGAGAUGGAAGGAAGGCGUCCGUACACGCUCACAGAUCGGAUAUUACAGCAAACAUUUCAACUUGUCUACUACCUAAGCUCCUGUCUGAAUAUCAUAUAUUAUCUUGUAUGGUCGCAUAACUUCCGGAAAGAAACUAAAAAGAUGCUGUGUCUUAAACCAAAAACUUCCAAUCGUCAUUACCGGGGAAUAGAACUUAGAAGUUGUACUGAGCAGAGGAAUGGAAACAAACCUGGGAAAAUAACGGAAAAGUCCACGAAUCAUACUGAAAAGAUAACGAUGCUAUAAAAUAAUGUGUAAAUAUACUAAUGUAUAAUAGGUUGUAUAUAUCAUAGCCUUGGUAUCAACGUCAUGUGGCAGUCUAACUGCAUUAUUCUGAUUUAUUUAUGAUUUCAUUGUUUAAGUGACACUUGUUUGGAUUCUUGAAAAAACAUAAGCAGAGAUAGGACUCCCAUUUAAAUCUUUUAUGAUAUAUAUUUCAAGAGUUAUAGUUGUGCAGAAUCAUUGUCCGGCAUAAGAAUUGUAAAAUAACUUUUUAGUGUAAAUGAACGUAACAAUAUUACUUAUUUAAAAUACAACUGUACAUAUUCAAAGCAGGGUACUCCAGUUUACUACACCUGAAGUGAAUAUGUCUAAUUGGGACCAAAUUGCUUCCUCUUUCUAGUAUUUUACAAUUAGUUUUCUGAAUUGAUUUAUAUAAGAUAUAUAUUGAAAUGUGUGUCUUACAUUAAUUAUGUGUACCAGCUUGAUUGUUUUCUGUGAAUUGUAGUAAAGCAAUAUUUGGAAAGCGUUUAUUUGAUGAAAUGGCUACAAACAUGCAAUAGCAAAAUAAUACAAACAAGAGGGCCAUGAUGGGCCUAUAUAGCUCAA